GCAGCAGACUCGCAUUUCUAGAAGGUUUGGCCAGCUGGGACACCGUACUCAGGAAGGAGCAGCCUCUACAACGCACUGGAGACGCCAGAUUUACCAGCCAUAGGAGAGACUGCGCUAGUGAUUAGGGAUCUAGUGAUCUAGUGAUUAACCUUUCAGAUUCCAGACUGUCAGAGACUGAAAACAGAGUUUUGAACAAAGUGACCAAAGCAUGUUGGAAGGACAAUGGGCGGCGCUCUGUGUAUCUGCUCUCGGGGGUCUAUAACCAUAGAGAAUAAGCGCUACUUCUUUGUGCACAAACUGGGUGAAGGUGGCUUCAGUUAUGUGGACCUUGUGGAAGGGGUGCAGGAUGGGCGCUUUUACGCCCUGAAACGGAUUUUGUGCCACGACCGGGAGGACCGCAAGGAGGCCCAGCAUGAAGUGGAGAUGCACCGGCUCUUUAACCACCCAAAUGUCCUGCCUCUGGUGGCGCACAGCAUCAUAGAGAAGGGCCCCAAGUGGGAAGCCUGGUUACUGCUUCCCUUUGUCAAGGGAGGGACCUUGUGGAACCAGGUGGAAGUUCUUCGGGAUAGAAACAGUUUCCUCUCAGAAGACAGAAUUGUGCAUAUUCUGCAUGGCAUUUGUUUGGGACUCAAAGCCAUUCAUGACCGGGGUUAUGCCCACAGGGACUUGAAACCCACCAAUGUGCUGCUGGAGGACGAUGACCGGCCUCUACUCAUGGACUUAGGUUCUAUGAACCAGGCUCGCAUGGAAGUGAAGGAUUCCCGACAGGCCAUGGCUGUGCAGGACUGGGCUGCCCAGCGUUGCACCAUUUCCUAUCGGGCGCCCGAGUUAUUCAACGUGAGCAGUGACUGCGUGAUUGAUGAGAGGACGGAUAUUUGGUCCCUGGGCUGCGUGUUGUUUUCCAUGAUGUUUGGGGAGGGGCCUUAUGAUAUGAUUUUCCAGAAGGGAGACAGCGUGGCCUUGGCGGUGCAGAAUAACAUCACUGUCCCUGCAAACGAGAGGUACUCCCAAGGACUGCAGACUCUCCUCUGCUCCAUGAUGGUGGUGAAUUCUCAGGAGAGGCCGUUUAUCUCUACAAUUAUAAGCCACGUCGAGGCGCUGCAGCCCAUUGUGGAGGGACAAGCUACCACUAGGAUAUGAUAAAGGGAAACAAUGCGUAUGCUGCCCCUCCCACCAGGGGCACAUUAGGAACAGGAAGAAGCUUCAGUGGGAGGAGCCUGUCAUUCCAUAGGAUUAAACCGUGUAUCCUGCCAGAUACAAAGCUCAUCACUUCUAGGGAAAUUCUGCUUUUUUUUUUUUAGUUGGAAUUUGUGACUUUUGCAUGUUUUACAACGGGUGUGUGUGAAACCCGACACGGCAUUCCUCCUUUGUUUGGGCUGGACAGUACAGAUUGCAACAAGCCCAGAGGAUUAGAACUAUUUGUGCCCACCUGGACCCCCAGAGGCCGUUUAUCUCAGGCUCAACCCCCCUGUCUGUGGCCUCUGGAGCCCCGUCUUUACCUGUUAGAGCCACGUGUAUGUCGAAAGGUCCCUGCUAGUCGAUUAGUCAAUAAACAUUUUUUAUUUUAAUGGUU